GAGAAUUACGUGGCCGAUUUGGUUGUGGCGUCCGGUUCCUACUCGACAGACGCACAUCUCACUGAGGGAGUCUCAGGAGACGAGGAUGUUCACUAUCUCAUUGAUUUCGACAUGGCAUUCCUGGGAGACAGCGAGGAGCAAUUCGCUGAACAUGAAAAAGCUCAACGAAAAGAGUACAGCCAUAUGAGCGAUGACGAGUACCGGAAACAACGGGAAAAGGUGCUCCGGUUUUUCCUCCAAAUCCCGAAUAUCUAUGCCACGAAAGAGUUGCGAGCGGAUCUUGAGGCUCGGGCCAGAGAGAACAUCGCGAGAGAAAUAAAACUACUCGAAAGUGGUCAAAGAACAUAUUAG